AUGCUCUAUAAUAUAGAGGUCUGGUGUCCGAACAGUUACGAUGCUAUCAAGAAGCGUAAAUAUGAAGAGGCUCAUCGAGCUUUUAAUACAGACUGGGAGGAAGAAUUCGCUUUUGUAGAAAGAAACGGUAAGCCAACGUGUCUUUUAUGUCAAGUAACUUUGUCACAGUUCAAGGCCAGUAAUCUAAAACGCCAUCAUGACAGUAACCGCAGUAGUUUUAAUAAAGAUUUUCCUUUUGGCUCCCAGUUAAGGAAAACCAAACUUAAAUCACUAAAAGAAAAACCUGUGACUGUUACAUCACCAAUAACAAAUAGUACAGCAACUGUAGAGUUAGAACUACAAGAGGACGAAGGACUAAAAGGACUCAAACGAAGUGGGGUUUCUACGAUAGAAUUUUGUAAAAAUGUUCCAGAAGAAAAAUAUCCAUUAAUAACAAAAGAGUGUGCUAUAAGACUUAUUUCAAUUUUUGACACUACUUAUGUAUGUGAAUCGUUGUACUCUACUCAAAAAUUCAUUAAAUCUAAACAUCGAUCUGAACUAAAUGAUGAUCAUCUAAGUGAACUUGUGCGAUCUGCACUUACAAAUUAUCAGCCUGAUUUCAAAAAACUUGCAGACAAAAUGAACACUUGGAAAAGCACUUAUCAUAAGUAA